UACGGCAGCCUGAUAUACAUAUGUUCUCAAAUUGCGUCUGGAAUGAAGUACCUGGAAGAGGAGAGUAUCAUACAUGCUGAUCUUGCUGCGAGAAAUUGUAUUGUAGGGAAGAAAUUGAAGGUGAAAAUAAGCGAUUUGGGCGGCUGGCGUAGUGGUGGUUGCUACAGUAGCGACUACAUUCAAGUUGUCAAUCAUCCGGAUCCUCUGCCAGUCAGAUGGAUUGCUUGGGAAGCGCUGGUUCUGAAUCGCUACACCAGCAAAAGCGACGUCUGGUCGCUGGCCACAACUUUUUGGGAGGUCAUGAACCUAGGUCGACAGAGACCCCUGGCAAACAUGUCCGACCAGCAAAUUGUGGAAAACCUGCAGUUAUACGCUGAUGGGGGCGUUCGGGGGUUUUUAUUGCCCCCUAAACCAAAAUCUUGCCCGAGAGAAAUGUACGAUUUGAUGAGGGAGUGUUGGAAUGCUGAUGUGGCGUUGAGACCAUCAUUCAAAGAGAUUCACAUGUUUCUCAUGGGGAAGAAUCAAGGUCGGUUAGAAUGCAUGAAUGAAUGA